AUGUCGGAACUUAAAGUCGAUACCGGUGCGUUUUCCCAUAUCGCGAACUCGGGCCCAAUUUCGAUCUUGGCGUACUGUGCCUCGUCGAUCCUUAUGACCGUGACCAACAAGUUCGUUGUCAAUGGCAAGGACUUCAACAUGAACUUUGUGAUGUUGUCCGUGCAAGCCUUGGUGUGUACACUUGCGUUGGUGGUCCUCAAAGCCUUGGGAUACGCGAAAUUCCGUCCUUUGAACAAGACCGACACGAAAAACUGGUUCCCAAUUUCAAUUUUGCUUGUGCUCAUGAUUUACACGUCGUCCAAGGCGUUACAAUACCUUGCAGUUCCUAUUUACACGAUUUUCAAAAACUUGACCAUCAUUUUGAUCGCGUACGGUGAAGUGUUGUUUUUCGGAGGUAAAGUCACUGCGAUGGAGCUUUCGGCUUUUUUCUUGAUGGUUUUCUCAUCUGUUGUGGCCACUUACGGCGACAAGCAAGCUCUGUCCUCUAAAGCCAUCGAAGGUGUUUCGACAUCCGUGCUCAAUGUCGGCUACGUGUGGAUGUUUGCCAACUGUAUUUCUUCGGCUUUGUUCGUGCUCAUUAUGAGAAAAAGGAUCAAGUUGACCAAUUUCAAAGAUUACGACACCAUGUUCUACAACAAUAUCUUGGCGCUCCCCAUCAUGCUUGUCUGCUCUUUCAUGGUCGAAGACUGGUCCGCCCAGAACCUUUCCGUUAAUCUCUCGCAAGAAAUGCUCACUGUCAUGGUCAUUUCCGGUCUCACCUCCGUCGGUAUCUCGUACUGCUCUGGUUGGUGUGUGAGAGUCACGUCUUCGACAACUUACUCCAUGGUCGGCGCCUUGAAUAAACUUCCAAUUGCCCUUUCCGGCCUGAUUUUCUUUGACGCUCCUAAGAACUUCUUGUCCUUCUUCUCCAUUUUCCUGGGUUUCUUGGCAGGUAUCGUUUACGCCGUUGCCAAACAGAAGAAACAACAACCACAGGUCAAGGCUUAG